CUCAAUUGUCUUUUUUGAAUUAUUAUUGUCGCUAAUUUUUAGUUUUUUCACGUAAAAUAUCAAUGUAAACGUAGGAUUUUGUGAAUAAUUUCAAAGAAUUUCUUCUCAUAGCCAUGGGAAUUACAGGUCUGAUUCCCUUUGUCGAAAAGGCAUCACGUCAAAUCUCCCUUUCGGAUCUCUCGGGCGCCACAGUUGCUGUCGAUGCGUAUUGCUGGUUGCACAAAGGCGUCAUCGGAUGUGCCGAAAAACUCUUGAACGGCGAAAAGACAAAUGUUCACAUCCAAUACUGCUUGAAACAAAUCAAUCAUUUAGUUGCGUAUCGCAUUCGCCCGAUUCUCGUGUUCGAUGGUCGUCAUUUGGCUGCCAAAGCAGGUGUUGAAGCAGAACGUCGCGAGUCUCGAAAAGCCGCAAAAACCAAAGCACGUGAAUUAAUCGCUGCGGGACGCGCAAACGAAGCUCGAAGUUACUUGCAACGCGCCGUGAAUGUGUCGCAUGCGAUGGCUCUUGCCCUGAUCGAAGCUUGUCAUGCCCGCGGAAUUGACUGCAUUGUCGCACCGUACGAAGCUGAUGGGCAAUUGGCUUUUUUGAAUUUGUCCGGAAUUGUGGAAGUUGUCAUCACAGAAGACUCGGAUUUGUUGCUGUUCGGAUGCAAGAAAGUUUUGUUCAAAUUUAGUGCGGCGGGAGGCUUGCUCGUGGAUGCGGAUCAACUUCAUUUGGCGAUGGGAGUGCGAAAAGAGAAAUUCACUUUUGACAAAUUUCGGCAAAUGUGCAUUUUGAGUGGAUGCGAUUACUUGCCUUCUUUGCCGGGCAUCGGACUUGCAAAGGCGAAAAAGUUUUUAUUGAUGACCGAAGAGACUGACAUGCGACGUGCUUUGGGCAAAAUCCCGAGUUAUUUGGGAAUGCGACAAAUUGUCGUGACUGACGAGUACAAAGAGGGAUUUUUGCGAGCGGAAGCAACUUUUCGUUAUAUGGUGGUUUUUGAUCCGAAAGAACGUAAAUUGACGAGAUUGAAUCCGCUGGAGGACGAUGUCGAUUUAUCACUUUUGACAAAUUCGGGUGAAUUUUUUGACGACGAGACAGCAUAUCAACUCGCUUUGGGAAAUAUCGACCCGAUGUCGAUGAAAACUGUUCAUCAUUGGGAUCCCGAUGUGCAAAUGGAGGAAAAAUACAGGAAAUUGAGCAUUUGGUUCAACAACAAAGAGAACGGACAUAGAAAACUUUUCAAAAAAAUGACGAAAGAACCACCGACUGAGGAAGAAAUUCAAGCGGAACAUCUGAAAAGCAUCAAAAAUAGUUUCUUAUCGAAGCUCGAGACACUUGACGAAAGUAACGUUAGCAUACAGGAAGAAGAGGAUGUCAUGUCAACGUAUUUUAUGUCAGCGGAUGAGCCUCCAAAGAAAAAGUUACGUACUAAUCCAACUACCAAUGAAACUGCGUCACCCCGAAAAUCCAGUAACAUCUUCAAAUCAAAGCGAAAAACUGCUUCUCCCAUCAAAAGUCCUCUAAUGUCCCCCAAUAAAUGCAUCGUAUCGUUAAUUGAAUCCGUUUCGAGUCCCAAAAAGAAGAAACUUUUCGAUUCGCCAUCCAAAACAUCGCCAUCAACGUCAAGCAAUUCGACUGUAACUCCCCAAAAAGACCUUUUUGCACUCGCGAAACAAAGAACUGAGGAAAUUGUGUCGCCAGCUGCUUUAAAACUGCUCAAAAUGGUUCAAGAAAAGCUGCAACAACCAACCACGAGACGUGUGAGAGUCACUAAUGAAGAACAAACAACGAAAGAAAUUGAAACAAAACCAAAAUCAGAAGAAGAUGAAAUUCCGUCAAGCAUUUUAACGCCUGAAGAGGACUCAAAUCCAGUAGAAAUUGUUAGCGACAGUCCAAUUGAUGACGAUUCAACAACUUCAACGCCUAUCGAGCCUACUGUUAUUUUGAUUGAAGACGAUAGUCCCAUGAAAUUUACGCCGUCAUCACAACAAUCAUCCCAAAACUCGCAAAAAGUUCGAAACAAAAUGGUUUCACGUCCCUCAGGACUUUCAAAACGUAAGCCAAAAGUCACAAAAGACACGAAUCAAAUGAGUUUGAGCCAUUUUGGGUUCAUGAAGAACAAAAAACUGUAGAAAAUUAAAUUUUUUAACUAUUUUAUUGACAACCUAAAAAAUUGGUUAUUUCUUCUUCGGUAAGUACACACUGUGUCCCGA